AUGAUGAUGGAGGAAGAGGUGGACAGAGCAGAGACUGCAGGAUCCAGCUUUCCCUCUGUGAGGAGUGAUGGGUCCAAAGCUGACCCUCCAUACUUCAGUAAUGAAUCUGGACCUACAAGACUGAAUGAAGUUCACAAGAAGAUGAUGAUGGAGGAAGAGGUGGACAGAGCAGAGACCGCAGGAUCCAGCUGUUCGUCUGUGAGGAGUGAUGGGUCCAAAGCUGACCCUCCAUACUUCAGUAAUGAAUCUGGACCAACAAGAGUGGACCAGCAGAGCUCAGAGGUUCCCAGAGAUCAGUCUGCCCAGCAGCUUCAAACACAGCUGGACUCCAUAUUUAUGCUGCUGGAGGACAACAUCAUCACUUUUGUGAAAGACGAGCUGAAGAAGAUCCAGAAGGUUCUGAGUCCAGAUUACCCAGACUGCUUAGAGAGUCAGAUGGAGAAUGAUGAGCAGUGGAAGAGCAGCAGAGAGGCAUUUGUGAAGAUCAUGCUGGACUUCCUCAGGAGAAUGAAGCAGGAGGAGCUGGCUGACCAUCUGCAGAGCAAACAUGUUGCUGGAGUUUGUUAUUGUAACCUUAAAUCCACCCUGAAGAAGAAGUUCCAGUGUGUGUUUGAGGGGAUCACUAAAGCAGGAAACCCAACCCUUCUGAAUCAGAUCUACACAGAGCUCUACAUCACAGAGGGAGGGACUGCAGAGGUCAAUGAUGAACAUGAGGUCAGACAGAUUGAAACAGCAUCCAGGAAACCAGCCAGACCAGAAACAACAAUCAGACAAGAAGACAUCUUUAAAGCCUCUCCUGGAAGAGAUGAACCAAUCAGAACAGUGCUGACAAAGGGAGUGGCUGGCAUUGGGAAAACAGUCUUAACACAGAAAUACACCCUGGACUGGGCUGAAGACAAAGCCAACCAGGACAUCCAGUUCAUAUUUCCACUCACUUUCAGAGAGCUGAAUGUGCUGAAAGAGGAAAAGUUUAGCUUGGUGGAACUUGUUCAUCACUUCUUUACUGAAACCAAAGAAGCAGGAAUCUGCAGCUUUGAAGACUUCCAGGUCGUGUUCAUCUUUGAUGGUCUGGAUGAGUGUCGACUUCCUCUGGACUUCCACAAAACUACAAUCCUAACUGACCCCAGAAAGUCCACCUCAGUGGAUGUGCUGCUGAUAAACCUCAUCAGGGGGAAACUGCUUCCCUCUGCUCACCUCUGGAUAACCACACGACCUGCAGCAGCCAAUCAGAUCCCUGCUGACUGUGUUGGCAUGGUGACAGAGGUCAGAGGGUUCACUGACCCACAGAAGGAGGAGUACUUCAAGAAGAGAUUCAGAGAUGAGGAGCAGUCCAGCAGGAUCAUCUCCCACAUCAAGACAUCACGAAGCCUCCACAUCAUGUGUCACAUCCCAGUCUUCUGCUGGAUCAUUGCUACAGUUCUGGAGGAUGUGCUGGAAACCAGAGAGGGAGGACAGCUGCCCAAGACCCUGACUGAGAUGUACAUCCACUUCCUGGUUGUUCAGGCCAAAGUGAAGAAGGUCAAGUAUGAUGGGGGAGCUGAGACAGAUCCACACUGGAGUCCAGAGAGCAGGAAGAUGAUUGAGUCUCUGGGAAAACUGGCUUUUGAUCAGCUGCAGAAAGGAAACCUGAUCUUCUAUGAAUCAGACCUGACAGAGUGUGGCAUCGAUAUCAGAGCAGCCUCAGUGUACUCAGGAGUGUUCACACAGAUCUUUAAAGAGGAGAGAGGACUGUACCAGGACAAGGUGUUCUGCUUCAUCCAUCUGAGUGUUCAGGAGUUUCUGGCUGCUCUUCAUGUCCAUCUGACCUUCAUCAACUCUGGACUCAAUCUGCUGGAAGAACAACAGACAACCUCCUGGUGGUUUAGAUUAAUUGGUAUACCAAACCUAGAGUCUCUCCAUCAAAGUGCUGUGAACAAGGCCUUACAGAGUCCAAAUGGACACCUGGACUUGUUCCUCCGCUUCCUCCUGGGUCUUUCACUGGAGACCAAUCAGACACUCUUAAAAGGCCUGCUAACACAGACAGGAAGUAACUCGCAGACCAAUCAGGAAACAGUUCAGUACAUCAAGGAGAACCUCAGUGAGAAUCUGUCUGCAGAAAAAAGCAUCAAUCUGUUCCACUGUCUGAAUGAACUGAAUGAUUGUUCUCUAGUGGAGGAGAUCCAACAGUCCCUGAGAUCAGGAAGUCUUUCCACAGAUAAACUUUCUCCUGCUCAGUGGUCAGCUCUGGUCUUCAUCUUACUGUCAUCAGAAAAAGAUCUGGAUGUGUUUGACCUGAAAAAAUACUCUGCAUCAGAGGAGGCUCUUCUGAGGCUGCUGCCAGUGGUCAAAGCCUCAAACAAAGCUCUGCUGAGUGGCUGUAACCUUUCAGAGAGAAGCUGUGAAGCUCUGUCCUCAGUUCUCAGCUCUCAGUCCUCCAGUAUACAAGAGCUGGACCUGAGUAAUAACAAUCUACAGGAUGCAGGAGUGAAUAUUUUGUGUGCUGGAGUGAAGAGUCCAAACUGUAAACUGGAAAUUCUCAGACUCUGUGGCUGUAACCUGUCAGAGAGAAGCUGUGAAGCUCUGUCCUCAAUUCUCAGCUCUCCGUCCUCAAUCCUGAGAGAGCUUGAUCUGAAUAAUAAUGGCCUCAAGGAAUCAGGAGUGAAUCUUCUGUCUGCUGGAGUGGAAAGCCCACACUGUAAAUUGGGAAUUCUAAGGUUGGAGCCUUCUGGAGUCCGAUGGUUAAGACCAGGACUGAGGAAGUAUUCCUGUCAACUCACAAUUGACACAAACACAGUACACACAAACCUCCAACUGUCUGACAACAACAAGAAGGUGACACAUGUGGAGGAGGUUCAGUCAUAUCCUGAUCAUCCAGACAGAUUCGAUGUUCGUCCUCAGCUGCUGUGUAGAAAUGGUCUGACUGGUCGUUGUUACUGUGAGGUCGAGUUUAGAGGAAAGGCUGAGAUAUCAUUGAGUUACAGAAGAAUCAGAAGGAAAGGAAACGGCACUGAGUGUGUGUUUGGACUGAAUGAUCAGUCCUGGAGUCUGUACUGCUCUGAUAAUAGUCCUUAUUCUAUCUGGCACAAAAAGAUAAAAAAAUCUAUCUCCUCCUCCUCUGUCUCUAACAGAGUAGCGGUGUAUGUGGACUGUCCUGCUGGCACUCUGUCCUUCUACAGAGUCUCCUCUGACACUCUGAUCCACCUCCACACUUUCAACACCACAUUCACUGAACCUCUUUAUCCUGGAUUUAGAGUCUGUCCUGGUUCGUCAGUGUCCCUGUGCUGA